GAUAAUUCAAUAAAUACCAGUCGAACACAUUACAUCAACGACAUCCGGGUAUUUCAUUAUCAGCGCAACCAGAACUUACUGAAGAUUCUGGUAUUCCACGGGAAGCAGAUUAACGGAAAUUUUGCUGACAUAUUUGGGAGUUACUAGUUCCCAGGCAAAACGCCAGAUUUUCAUUACCUCAGCAAUCAUUAGUCGUAUGAAGUUUUUGCGCCUAGACAGGCCAUUGCCGUGGCACUCGAGAAGAAUUGAACCACAAGAACACGAUCGGACUAUUAGUCACUUAUUGAGUUUUAUGAAUUUCCAAAGAUUUUGUUGUCAUUUAUAUUAUACGGGGAGUGGUAAACACAGUAUAAAAGAUUUAAUAUCAUCAUGGCUAGUAUCAACAUCAACAGCGACAUCAGUGACCCGUUCUACCGUUAUAAGAUGCCUAGGAUCAUAGCCAAGGUCGAAGGGAAAGGGAAUGGAAUUAAAACUGUUAUUGUUAACAUGCCUGAAGUUGCAAAGGCUUUAUCAAGACCACCAACAUAUACAACCAAAUUUUUUGGAUGUGAACUUGGCGCUCAAACUCAAGUUGAUUUGAAAAAUGACAGAUUCAUUGUUAAUGGCUCACAUGAUUCUCCUAGACUUCAACAACUAUUGGAUAUCUUUAUUAAGAAGUUUGUCUUGUGUCCAGAAUGCCAUAAUCCAGAAACUGUAUUGAGUGUGUCCCAGAAAAAACAGACAAUAGGACAAAGAUGUAUUGCCUGUGGAUACAAUGGAAUGGUUGAUAUGAGACAUAAAUUAACUCCUUUUAUCAUCAAGAAUCCUCCAGAUAUGGAUCCAGCAGCAACUCCAACUAAAGCUAGUAAGAAAGAAAAGAAGAAGAGUAAGAAAUCUGAUAAGGAUAAAGAUGAUGAUCGAGCAAGUCCUGAAGCUAAUGCCCAGGAACAAAUGGCUGCACAAAGAGCUAGUGGUGGCAUCAUCGAUGCUCCAAUAAUUAAGAAUCACGAGGAAGAGGAUGACGAAGAUUGGGGAGAAGACUUUAGUGAAGAUGCUGUCAAACAGAGAAUGGAGGAACUUAGUGAAGCUGCCAAACAGAUGGCAUUUACUGAUGAUCUGGAAAAAACUAUUGAGGAAAGACUCAAUAUCUUUUAUCAUUUUGUAAAGAAUAAAAUUAACAGCAGUGAGGGUGUUGUGGGAGCUAUGAAGGAUAUAUUCAGUGAAGCAGAAAGACUAGAAGUCAAAGAUAAGGCUACCAUGGUUCUUGUUGAACUUCUUUUGAAUAACAAAAUAAUUCUACAACUGAAACAGUAUAAAGUUUUGUUUCUCAAGUUUUGUUAUGAGAAUGACAAAGCCCAGAAGUACUUGUUAGGAGGAUUAGAACAGUUAGUUGGAGUUCACAAAGAUGAUUUGUUGCCUAAGAUGCCACAUAUACUGAAGACAUUGUAUGACUUUGACAUUCUUGAUGAGAAGGUCCUUAUUGAUUGGGGAGAUAAGGUUUCUAAAAAAUAUGUUGACAAAAAGUUAGCAGAAGAAAUCCACAACAAGUCUCAGCCAUUCAUCAGGUGGUUAAAAGAGGCAGAGGAAGAGGAGAGUGAUAGUGAAGAGGAGGAGGAAGAUGAUGAAAAUGUAGAGGUUGUGUAUUCCACUUCUGGUAAAGUUGGAGAGGUGAAGGAAGAAAAGAAAGUUGAACAAGAAGAAGAUGACUUUGAUAUUGAUGCUAUUUAAGGGACACAACUGUGUGAUGACUUGUAAAUUGUAAAGGGAAACAACUCUAGAUAUAUUAUAACCCAAACUCUUGUAGGAUAUUUUCUUGUGUAGAUAAACAUGUAUUCAAAAAAUCAAAAAUUGUAUAUUGGUCUUGAUGAAGCUGAAAUAUAUAUUAUUUCUUUGUUAUUGAUAAGUGCUAUAUUAAACGAGUCUCAUAUGGCCAAAUUAGUUGCUACAGUUGCUGAAUUCUUCAUUGCUUUAUUAGUCUCUUGUCUGAAGCAUUUGUUUCAGAUUUAGUUCUUAAAAUAUGCAAAAAUCAACAUUGAAAAAGUCAAUUAUUACAUCAUACUCUGACAGCGUCAAGAAUGUCAGGAUUAACUAUUUAGAUCUAUUUCUCAUAUUUUGCUUUUGUGUUGCAUUGCUAAUGACAAAUUUUAUAAUCAGAAGUUUCAGAAUAUUUUUAAUCUGAUUGUCAGUUCUGUGUGAAUAUUACAAAGCAUUUAACCAUUUAUAUACAUCAUGGAUUUCUAAAUACAACUUGUUUAAAAAUACCAUUGAAAUUAACUGAUUACAGAUAAGUAGAUUGUACUUUUGGGCUUUUAAUUCCCUAGAAAAGAUUGAGCAAGUUGACUUGAUAUUGUUAAUUUCAUUUACAUGUUUUAUCUAGCUUAGUUUCAUAGCUUAAUAGAACAUCUGUUGAAUAAUUUGAGGCAGUAGAAAUUUCUUGUUAGUUGUCAAAGUGCAAUCAAGAUACGAAUUGUCAAUGGUAUUUUUAAAUGGGGUGUAAAUGUCACAUUAACCAUUAUUAAGAUGAUGUUUUUUGUCGGUGUAUCAUUAUUGUAAAUAGAAACAACAAAGAAGUUAUGGUUUUAAAUUGUAAUUUUUAUUGGUAGGAAUAUUUAUGCUUGAAUUUGAACAACAUUGAAACCAUUGUACAUCUGCAUAAGAAAUAAUCUUGAUUUUUAAGAAUGUUGAUACCAUAAAUUGAGAAACUGGAAUGAAACCAUACAUUUUUCUGUUCUUUCUUUAUUUUCUAUCAAAAUUUCAAAAAAAUAGAUCAGAAUUUAUGAUUUUUAAAAUUUCAGUUUUUUUUUGUCGAAAUUCAAUAAAAAUUCAUUUCACUGAUUUAAUUAGAAUUUUUGUCAGAUCACAUAGUUAUUUUGUACAUUCCAGUUUACAUGAUAUAUCAGUUAUUAUUUGGUAAAAGGACAGAUUGAUUUAAACACAAUUUGUUAAAUGUCUGUGAUCUGUUGUACUAACAAAAUAAACUUGUUGAUUGAA